AUAACAUCCAUAGCUUUCAGAUCACUACUCACAAGAAAUCAUACUACUCCCAACUUUUCUCAUAAAUGCUUUUCAUAAAUUAAUAUUAACCUUUUUUUUUCCACAACUUUCCCCAAGUACACUACUACUAGCUCCUAUCUAUUUCCACCACCUUUCUCACUUAUAUGAUCAAAUAUACAUAACACCAACGUUACAUAGAACCCUUAUAAUAUUACACAACAAGUCAUCCCUCUUAUCAUUUAGGCAAUUUAUCGCAAACAUACACAGUCAAUCAAAAUGGGAAAAACAUUCGAUGAGAUCAAACAUACGACGGUCCAAGUAAAUGGCAUAAACAUGCAUUUUGCUGAAAAAGGUGAAGGACCAGUUGUACUACUUCUUCAUGGUUUUCCAGAGUUAUGGUACUCUUGGAGAAACCAGAUUACUGCCCUAGCAUCCAACGGUUACCAUGCAAUUGCCCCAGAUCUAAGGGGUUUUGGUGAUUCUGAUAUUCCACCUUGUAGUUCAAAUUAUACUUGCUUUCAUUUAGUUGGGGAUCUUAUUGGGCUUCUUGAUCUACUUGAUGUGGAUCAAGUCUUGCUUGUGGCCCAUGAUAUGGGUGCUAUGGUGGGCUGGUAUCUUUGCAUGUUUAGGCCCGAUAGGAUUAAGGCUUUUGUCUCUCUUUCGGUUCCGUUUCGGCCUAGGAACCCUAAGUUGAAGCCCAUUCAAACUCUCAGAGCUUUUUUGGGUGAUGAUUACUAUAUGUGCAGAUUUCAGGAACCUGGAGAUAUUGAAGCUGAAAUAAAAGAAUAUGGUGUGAAGCAUGUCCUGAAGAAAAUCCUGACUUCACGUGAUCCAGGUGCACCAAUGCUGCCCAAAGGAAAAGCUUUUGGUGACUACCCUGAUAAUUCUAUAACCUUGCCUUCUUGGCUAUCUGAGGAAGAUAUCAACUACUAUGCCUCCAAAUAUGAACGUAACGGCUUCACCGGUCCUUUAAAUCACUACCGGAAUUUGGACUGGAACUGGGAGCUGACAGCGCCUUGGACAGGCGUGCAGGUGAAGGUACCAGCGAAGCUAGUCGUGGGAGACUUAGACAUGGUGUAUAAUAUGAUCGGGGUAAAGGAAUAUGUGCACAAAGGAGGGUUCAAGAAAGACGUGCCUUUGCUCGAGGAAGUAGUGGUUUUGGAAGGAGUUGGUCACUUCAUCAACCAAGAGAGAACUAAGGAAGUCAAUGAGCACAUAAUUGAGUUCUUCAGCAAGUUUUAAUCUUUAAUCUUGGCUCUUGUGUUUCUUAUGUACGGGGUGGUAUGUACGAAAUCCUUUGUUUAAAUGUAGUAUGGUUGAUGGUUCUUCUGAACCUUUUUAUCGUCGUGUGUUUUCUCCUAAACAAUAAGAAACUCUAGGUUCAAUGUUAUGUUCUUGUACACUAGAGUAGAGUACUCUUAUUGUAGAUUUGCAGUACUAAUGUAAAAAUGUGUAGUUUAAUUUAUUCAUUCUACUGGUCUAAGUGGUCACUACUAUUAGUCCUAUAUGGUAUAUUAAGUUUGUGUUUACAUCCA